UCGCGUCUUGCUUUAUGCCUCAACCUCAAACCCUCAUUCUCCCCCUUCACAAUCCUCAUGACAGACACAAUGUCUUUCCGAAAUCUUCAACAUCUAUUAGAGACCGUCGCUGCUAGAGAAGGCAGCGGCAAUGUCAUUUCAUACCCACUCGGCAACCUGAACGAGCCCAGAGUCUUCUCUUACAGCCAGCUAUUCAUGCUGGCCUUGAAGGCUUCCUGGGCAUUACGCUCACGAGAAGACUUCCGGCCUGGAAGUGUCGUUUUGCUUCACUUCAACACCCACUGGGAUAUGAUUGUAUGGUUCUGGGCUGUACUUUUUGUUGGGUGUCUUCCUGCCUUGUCAAUUCCUUUCUCUAACAACCCUUCACACCGCACUGCACAUCUCGAACACUUGUCCAAAAUGCUCAACAACCCCAUUUGUCUGACACGAGCCGAGCUCUUGCCGGAGUUCGGGGGGCAAGAAGCCAUCGACCCCAUAGCAGUGGAGUCGCUAGACAUGGAAAAUGCUCCGCCAAUAGAGUCCUCAGAGAUCUGUAGAGAUUCAGAUCCGAGUGACAAUGCAGUACUCAUGCUCACAUCCGGUAGCACGGGAAAUUCAAAAGCCGUAUGUCUGAGCCAUGGGCAGAUCCUGGCAGCUGUCACGGGCAAGUAUUGGGUUGUUGAGCUGCCGGAGAAGACUUCAUUCAUGAAUUGGAUCGGUCUCGAUCACGUUGCUGCGAUGAUUGAGAUCCACCUUCAAGCAUUAUACAGGCGAACAGACCAAAUCCACGUCCAAGCUCCCGAUGUCCUCUCAAAUCCCAUUGCUUUCAUCGACCUGAUCGACAAGCACCGUGUCUCGAGGACAUUUGCCCCCAACUUCUUCCUCGGCAAGAUUCGCGUGACAAUCAAGAGCCAGGGAGAAUCCGUCCAGCGCAACUGGGACCUAAGCUGCCUGAGAUAUAUUGCAUCUGGCGGGGAAGCCAACGUGACCAAGACCUGCGAGGAGGUCGCCAAGCUGCUGGAGGAGCACGGUGCGCCUGCUAAUGCUAUCAUUCCUGGAUUUGGCAUGACUGAGACCUGUGCCGGUGCCAUCUUCAACACCGAUUUUCCCCGGUAUGAUGUCCAGAGAUCCUCCGAAUUCGCCUCCGUGGGCUCCUGCAUGCCUGGUAUCAGCAUGAGGAUAUCUGACGGGGAUAACAACCCCGUGGCGGCAGGCGAGAUUGGGUCUCUCGAGGUGUCCGGCCCAGUCGUCUUUAAAGAAUACUUCAACAACCCGACGGCGACUGUAGAAGCUUUCACCACAGAUGGCUGGUUCCGAACCGGCGACAAGGGGGUCAUCGAUGAGGCUGGUAACCUCACGCUCGUCGGCCGAGCCAAGGAGACCAUGAUCGUCAACGGCAUUAACUACUACCCCCACGAGAUCGAGAGCGCUCUGGACGAAGCCAACAUCCCCGGUCUCACACGCAGUUUCAACUGCUGCUUCUCCUCCUUCCCGCCCGGAGGCGAUACCGAAGAGAUCAUCGUCGUUUACCUGCCCACCUACGCCCCCGAAGACAUGAUUACCCGGGUACAGACCACCGACGCGAUGUCCAAGGUCGUCAUGAUGUCCACCGGCUGUCGCCCCAAGCUUCUUCCCCUCGACCGAUCGUUGCUGCAGAAGUCCGCCCUCGGCAAGCUGUCCCGCGCGAAGAUAAAGACCGCCUACGAGAAGGGCGACUACCAGACCUACCUCGAAAUCAACGAGGAGAUGGUGAAGCUCUACCGCCGAGUCACCCGCAAGGACCCGAAGGACCAGCUGGAGCAGCAGCUCCUCUCCAUCUUCACCACAUCCCUAGGCCUCCCGGCAGGCGACUUCGACGUGCAGACCCCCAUCUUCGACAUGGGCAUCACGUCGAUCGAGCUAAUCAAGCUCAAGAAGAACAUCGAGGAGCACCUCGACCUAAUGCAGGAGCUCCCGAUGAUCACGCUCAUGACGAACAGCACAGUACGCGACCUGGCCACCGCCCUGCACGACCUCCAGCAGAAGCACGAAUACAACCCGAGCCCGCUGUGGCUGGUGCACCCGGGCGUAGGCGAGGUGCUCGUGUUCCUCAACCUAGCCAAAUUCCUCAUCGACCGGCCCGUGUACGCGCUGCGAGCCCGCGGCUUCAACGACGGCGAGGCCCCGUUCGAGACGAUCGAGGAGGUCGUCACGACCUACCACGCAGCCAUCAAGCGCGAGCAGCCCGAGGGGCCCUACGCACUGGCAGGGUACUCGUACGGGUCCAUGCUCGCCUUCGAAGUAGGCAAGGUGCUCGAGAGCCACGGCGACGAGGUGCGCUUCCUGGGCUCGUUCAACCUGCCGCCGCACAUCAAGACCCGCAUGCGCCAGCUCGACUGGAAGGAAUGCCUGCUGCAUCUGUCCUACUUCCUGGAUCUGAUCACGGAGGCCCGCUCGCGCGAGCUCUCCACGGAGCUCCAGGCAGGGUCCCGCGAUGACGCCCUCACCCGUGUCAUGCAGGAGGCCGACCAGUCCCGCCUGGCCGAGCUCGCGCUGUCCGAGUCCGCCCUCGUCAAGUGGGUCAGUCUGGCCUUCUCGCUGCAGAGCAUGGCCAUCGACUACGACCCCUCCGGCGAUAUCGCUGGCUUGGACGUCUUUUACUGUAUCCCGCUCGCCGUCGUCGCCUCGUCCAAGAAGCAGUGGCGAGAGGAGCAGUUGAGCAAGUGGGAGGACUUUACCCGCUCGCCGCCGCGCUUCCAUGAUGUCGGCGGUGCCCAUUAUACCAUGUUGAGCCCUGACCACGUCUUUGGCUUCCAGAAAACGUUGCGUGCUGCGCUGGAUGCCCGGGGCCUGUAAGGUUGGGUUUCUGGUCAGAAAUUUCUUGGGGAUUGAGGAUGUACGUUUGAGUAGGUCCGGGGUAGACCUGACGUGCGUAUAGAUGACAGAGUAGAUAUUGUGUCAAAUUGAAUAUAUG